CUUCUUGCUAACUCGCCCUAAAAAAUCGGCUGGGGCGAUUACAGCAAAUUCAUCGCCGUGGUCUUUCAUUUCCUCGGAUCGCCAUCGCCGAUUUUUCUUACACCACCGUCAAACACCGUCAACAACCACAAUAACCACCAGGUAAAUAUUCCUCGCCGUCGAAUAUUCUAGGUCCUUCUAUAACUAGAUGUUAUAAUAUUAAAAUUUAGCUCAUUUUUUCGCAGUUGUGUAUAAGGCUAUGAAUUUUUUUAGUUUAAUGCUUCAAACUGUUAAAAUGAGCUAAACUUAGUAUUGUGAUUAAUUACCUGACUUUUUCCUUGAACUUUCUAGGUGGUUAAUGCUUAUUAUUGCUUAUGUUGCAUUUUAUACGACGGUGUUUGACGGGAUACUGAGUUUCACAUAUUAGUUUGACUUGUAUAUUAUAUUAGUUGAAGUUUUAAAAUUUAAGUACUUUACUCAAAAUUCUGAUUUACUACCUGGCUUUUUCAUUGAAUUUUGUAGGUGGAUUAUUGCUUUUGUUGCAUUUUAUAUGACGUUGUUUGACUGAAUACUGAGUUUAAGAUAUUAGUUUGACUUGUAUGUUAUAUUAGUGGAAGUUGAAGAGAAGUAUUAAAGUUGAAAAUAUCAUGUCAAAGUUUUAAAAUUUAAGUACUAUAAUGAAUUUGAAGUCGUGAAAGCUAUAUACAACAUAUUAUUGAAAUGGAGUCAAAUAUUUUAGACAUUCCACAAUAGAAAGCGCAAAGGGAGUUUUUUCCCACUUGGUUAUUGCAAUGUCAUAUGCAUAGGCGGAUCCAAGAUUUAAAGUUUAUGGGUUCUGAAUCUAGCCUUUUUGAGUUACUGGUUUCUAUGUUAAUAAUUUGAAUAUAUGAUUUUUUAAAGAAAUACAGGCUUGCUCAAAGCUAUUGGGCUCUCUCGAACCCAAUAUCUUCAACUUUACAUCCGCCUUGGUCACAUGUUCUUGUCAAUUCUAUACUUUAAGCAUAGAUCUAAACAUUGUGGUAAUUUCAUUUCUGUUUACCAGAUUAGGGAUCACAUGUCCAAUGACAAUGUUUUUAUCUUGUUCUAGUUUUGAUAUGAAGUAGAUAGCUUUAAUUUAUAGCUCAUUUAUAUUAUUACUACUAGUAAAGGGGAAAAACCUCUCUUGCUUAGUCUAUAGUUAUGGUUAGAGGAAGAGAUGCCUGUUGGGAACACUGUGUCCUUGUUGAUGCUACAAGACAGAAGGUAAGAUGUAACUACUGCCGGCGAGAGUUCAGUGGAGGGGUUUACAGAAUGAAAUUUCAUUUGGCUCAAAUAAAAAACAAAGACAUAGUUCCAUGUGCUGAAGUCCCGAACGAGGUGAGGGACCACAUUAGAAGCAUUUUAAGCACUCCUAAGAAACAGAAAAAUCCUAAGAAAACAAAGCUGGAUCACGCUGUUAAUGGUCAGCAAAGUAGCUCUUCAGCUAGUGGUGGGGUCCAUCCUCUUGGUGGAUUUAGUGGAGAGAACGGUAGCCCUUGUCCUAUUAUGUUUGCGCGCCAUUCUCCGAGUUCACAGCCAGCAAUUGAUGAUGUUCAAAAGCAAAAACAGGACAAUGCUGAUAAGAAGAUUGCUGCGUUUUUCUACCACAAUGCAAUACCUUUUACAGCUGCAAAGUCCUUGUACUAUCAGGAAAUGGUGGACGCGAUUCUUGAGUGCGAAGUGGGGUAUAAAGCUCCAUGUGCUGAAAAAUUGGGCGGUCAUCUUUUGGAAAAAGUCAAAGUCGAUAUUAGCGACAGUUACACGAGAUUAAAGGAUGAAUGGAAAGAAACGGGCUGUACAAUCUUGUGCGAUUGCUGGUCCGAUGGAAAGGCUAAAUCCCUUGUGGUACUUUCUGUGGCAUGUGCCAAAGGGACAUUGUUCCUUAGGUCUGUAGACGUAUCUGAUCAUGCAGAUGAUCCUCAUUAUUUGUUUGGGUUGCUUGAAUCAGUUGUUCUGGAAAUUGGCAUGAAAAAUGUUGUCCAAGUUAUUACCGAUAGUUCUGCUAGUUACGUAUAUGCGGGAAGGCUUCUGACAGACAAGUACCCUUCGGUUUUCUGGUCUCCGUGCGCUUCACAUUGUAUCAAUAAAAUGUUGGAGGAUUUUAGCAAACAUGAGUGGGUGAAUGUUGUUCUUGAUGAGGCAAAUACAAUCACAAAGUACAUAUACGGUAAUGACUGGAUUCUAAAUAUGAUGAGAAAAUUUUCAGGUGGAGAGGAGUUCGUUCGACCAAGAAUCACAAAACAUGUGGCUAAUUUCCUUUCCUUAAGGGCCCUUGUGAUUCAAGAGGAUAAUUUAAAACACAUGUUUUCUCGUGCCGAGUGGUUGUCAUCUAUAUAUAGCAGGCACCCCGACGUACAGGCCAUAAAGUCAUUGUUGUGCCUUGAAAGAUUCUGGAGAUCUGCACGUGAAGCUGUCACGGUGUCCGAACCGUUACUUAAACUGUUAAGGAUCAUGGACGGAGACAUGCCUGCUAUGGCAUAUAUGUAUGACGGAGUGGAAAGAGCAAAGAUGUCCAUCAAAGCAUUCUAUAAGGAUAUUGAGGAAAACUAUGCGCCGGUUUGGGAUAUAAUUGACAGGAGAUGGAGCAUGCUUCUUCAAUCCCCAUUACAUGCAGCAGCAGCAUUCCUUAAUCCUUCCAUGUUUUACAACCCAAACUUUAAGAUUGAUUCAAGGAUCAGGAACGGUUUUCAAGAGGCCAUGAUGAAAAUGGCUUCUGAGGAUAAAGAUAAAAUAGAAAUUACUAAAGAACAUCCCAUAUACAUAAAUGCUCAAGGUGCUCUAGGGACUGAUUUUGCAAUAAAGGGAAGGACACUGAACGCCCCAGCUGAUUGGUGGAUGGGUUAUGGUUACGAAAUUCCAAGUCUACAGAGAGCUGCUAUACGGAUUUUGAGUCAACCUUGCAGUCUGCACUGGUGUAGAUGGAACUGGAGCACUUUUGAUAGUGUUCAUAGGAAAAGACGGGACAGGUUGGAGCUUGAUAGAUUUGACGAUCUUGUUUAUGUGCACUGCAAUCUCUGGUUACAGGCAAUUGUAAGAAAUAAAGAUGGCAAAUGUAAACCAAUCAAUUUUGACGAAAUAGAUGUUGGCGCUGAAUGGCCUACUGAAGCUGAAGUUGCAUGCACUUUCUUGGAUGAUUCCUGGUUGCACACUCCACCCAUUGAAGUCAGAGGAAUGGAGCCAGAAAGUUUGUUAACAUAAAGGAAUGGAGCCAGAAAGUCUAUUAACAUGGAGAAACAGAAAUUGCAACUUUCUUAAAUUGCCAAAUGAAGCAGGAAUUGGACAGGUAAG